CCCUGGAUUGUCCCUGAAUUAACAAUACAAGGGCUAUUUAUAUAUGGAGCGCCGUAUUCAAGAAUUGUUUCUUCACCAUGUAAAUGAGGAUAUCGCUUGACAACCAGUUCCCCCGCUGAGGAUCCGCUUGUCUUUGGGCACCAAACAUAUAACCGGCUUACCUCGGCAUGCCGAACAGCCAGAGAAUUCCUUUCUCAGCUAUAAAUUAGGUAUAAGCAUACAAAACAAGUUACAUCACUACGAAUCGAAGCCAAAGAGACGAUGGCUUUCUUUUUCGGCCGUCGGCAUUCUGUCUCUGGUGCGCCAGCAGAGGACGAUGGCGUGCCUAGCAAUCCGAACGCGAGAUUGAGAAGAAGGGCAUCUGUUCCGAAUGCGCCGAGUCAGACUCGUGGCGCUCAUGAGAGAAAUGUUUUUCAAGAUAUAUUCCGGAGACAUCGAGAUGAUUCAGAAAUGGAGAUGUCGACAGUGGAGAGGGGUCAUGAUAGUACUCAUGCAAACCAACCUAAGCAAUCCACGACAACAGCUGCCAAAGGCUACACGGGUUCCCAGAGCUCCCCGCAGGCGCAUAAUUCAUCUGCAAAGGAGCACAACCAUGAGGGUAAACAUGAGGCUACAUCGUCAUCUGAAUAUGCUCUUAGCAAAGAAGACAUUGAGACUCUUUUCUCGGGAGCCCCGUUCUUCCUCCUCGAAAGGGGUAAGUAUGAUCAUCAUUACCCACAGGUGAUCUUCCCCUUCGAUGACCACGAUCCUACUAUCCAGAAUCUGUGGGACAGAAAACCACUACCCCAUCCGUCGUAUACUCUAUGUACAUUGCAUGCCCACCUACCUGUUCCUGACAGGUGGGUAAUCUCCAAAGAUGAGCCGAUACACCUCAAUAGUUGGAGAAAGACCGGAGGCGCCAAGAGAGCGACUUUCGACAUUGGGAUUUUUGAAGUACCAAACAUGCUGUCAAUGAACGGAAAGGACCCAGGAGCGGUUGGGUUUCGUUAUUAUCUAGAGCUCCCCGUUGCGGAUGCUGUGCGCUACCCAGAGGAACCAAAGGCGAAAUUGAAUUACAUACAGCUUUCCUCGAUUCCGGCCUCGGAGAUAUAUGAAAUGAUGGAGCAUUAUCAUGACGUUCAUGCACUGCCUGGAGGCGCUGCAUAUGACCGGCACCAGUUACUAUGUGAUGGCCCAUCGGCCUGGAAAAAGAUCGGCGUACGGGACAUCAAUCUACAAUGCUUAGUGGAACGCCUGCGGACGUUAACAGAUCUCCGUCGUGAACUGUUACACGGAAAGAAAGCAACCACAAUCCUUGAUACCGAAUCUACCCGGGACUUGUACAGCGGCCUAUUCACUAAAUUCCUCUAUCCUCCUUCCAAACCUCUGCUCGCAGACUCCAGCCUGGCUCAUAGCCUCAAAUCUCAAAUCAAGGCUUUGACAAUGACCCUCGCCACAAGGGGCGCGUGGGUGGAUUUCAGUCUACCCGAAUGGCGGUUAUAUGCAGGACAGUUGCUGUGGGGUGCCGGUCCUCAUCCGGACGGCGAUCUUUUGGACCCUUCUACGUGCUCAAAACCCUGGAUGCAUCCAACGCUCGAGCGCCGGUGGCUCCUUAUCCAGAUGCUCCUCGCCGCGGAGUUGCUUCUCCGUCUUGAUGCUACUGUCCGGGUGGGGAUCCUAGAGAAUUCCAAGGAGUUACAGAUCACCGCCAAAGACGUAGAUGAUUUCGAGAAGCUAAGAAGCGGGAAAGUAGACUGGGACUUGGUGGUGGUACGACGCUUUAUGGACACGUUCGACAUCAGCUACAGGGCCGACGAGCCUGACCAACCUAGCCUCGACCCCGUAGAACAAACAGGCCACUCGAGGGGUGAAAGAAACCAUGAGAAGAACCCUCGAUCUUUCUUCGAAAACCUGCUCCACAGAUCGUUGUCCGGCUCAGCCACCGAGUCCACCGAGUCAGCCUGGAAUUGCAGCCUGGCCCCAACAUAUCUCGACCAACAGCUCCAAGGGUUACUUGUGUUUGGUCAAGAAAUCGGUUGGCCAGGACUUGAUGGACUCAGAGCGCGCCUGGACUCUGCGAUUGGGUCAGAUCAACUGAGUGAUGCAGUCGCUCAUGCAUAUGAAAAGCCCGUGCGCAAUAAACUGCCAGCUGAAGCUGGCGCGCCUCUUAGUAAAGAGGAAAUGCAUACCAAAAGCCUAUCCCGCCGGUGGAUAGUCCUCCAUUGCUCUCAAGAUCAGACAGCUUCUGUGCAACUUGGUGGUUGGAUUACCCGGAGCUGGCUCUCUGGCUUUGUAUUUCCCGGAGAGCAGAUUAGCCACCUGCUUAUGGCUACGAUAUUGGAAAAUGACCCAGAUGCUCUCGCGAAACUAGGGCCCAUUGCAAACCUGUAUGGUGGGUUCGCGUACAAUGGAAUGACUUGGUGGAGCAAAGAGUGUGUCGUCGGCCGAGUCCUGGCCAGUCUGGAAGAUGCCAAAGAAUGUCUGGGAUGGAUAAGGAGCGCAGUUGUGCCCAAAGACGCUUGGACAGUUCAGCCGCUGGACAAUUCAUGGUUCGAAGUUUCUGUUAAACCGCCCCUGUCAAUGCCUGGAAAGCCGCGCAUCCGCCAGGGGAAUAAAUUAGCGUAUGAAUCGACACCACUUGGCCGUGGUGAGCGAGUCAGCGGUGCAUUCUCCCUACCAAUGGACACCCCGUUGGAGAAAGAUCUGAAGAAAGUCAGCUUCGAGACAUUGACAUUCUCUGGGAAAGACGGGCAGUCAUUGGAAAACACGCCGCAUCCCAUCGCCGACAGGACCCUUAUGACCUUUUCCAUCGCCUCAGGGACUGACUCACCCUGGAAAGUCUCCUUUCAAUUGAGAUACAACGUCCGUUUCAUUACAUCUCACGAAUGCCGCCCACCGGGCAACUUCAUAUCGUAUCACUGCGCAUACCCCACUGGGAGUGGCACAUCGACGCCGUCCAGCAGUUCAAGUCCCCGACACCACCACCGUCUUCCAGGCCAUCCUCUCCACAGCGGGUACAAAUACAAACACAUCUCGCUAGACUCCCUCCCCGAACACGAUGUCCCUGACGACGCUUUCCUCGAGGGCAACCACCAUAGCAACCACAACAACCAUCACAGGAAGCACGAAGUGCUCAUCGUCGAUGCGCGUGGCGGCCACGAAAGGGAAACCUUCGCCCGAGCGUGGUGCGCUUCACUUGGAUAUGAUGCUCUCAUUGGCAGAGUCGGACGGACGUGUCUAGCGUGCUGCAUCAGAGAAGCCAGGGCCAUUAGCGUGAAAGUCGUCCUGCGCGUGGAUGGCUGUGUCAAUCGGUCUCCGUAUCCGUCUACUCAGACGCUACCUGGUUUGAAGGAGAUCUGAUAAGCGUUCAUCCGUUGGUGGGUUUAAUAUUGUAGUUGGUAGGGGGUGAGGGGUAUAAUUGUGGAUUGCAGGUGGUUAUAUAUUAUGGGUAUUAUAAUAAAAAGAUCUUUUUUUUGGUCUACCAAGGAUUGAUUUGAAAUUCAUCCCACGCGGAGAGUAUCAAGUCUACCAUGAAACAACCUCUACCAAGGAUGCCUCAGAGAACAAGGGAAACGUAAAACGGUCAAAAAUGAAGAAUAUAAAACAAUCUUGAACCAAAACCAAAGCCAUCAAGUCAACAGAUGACAUAUUACUCCAUCCGAUCACACAAGCGAAGUGAG